ACAGAAAAGAGAGAGGAAUGAAGAGCCUUCUGCUUCAAUUUUUGCUCCUUAUAACGUUUUCUUCUGCAUUUCCUACAGACCGAAAGAUGGACACUGAAGAGAACAUGCGGCUGGCCCAGGCAUAUCUCAACCAGUUCUACUCUCUUGAAAUGGAAGGGAGUCAUCUUGUUCAAAGCAAGAACAGGAGUCUCUUAGAUGGCAAAAUUCGGGAAAUGCAAGCAUUUUUUGGAUUGACAGUGACUGGACAACUGGACUCAAACACUCUUGAGAUCAUGAAGACACCCAGAUGCGGGGUGCCUGACGUGGGUCAGUACGGCUACACUCUCCCAGGGUGGAGACGAUACAACCUCACAUACAGAAUCAUAAACUACACUCCGGAUAUGGCACGAGCAGAUGUGGACGAGGCUAUCCAGAACGGCCUAGAACUGUGGAGCAGAGUUACUCCACUGACAUUCACCAAGACUUCCAAGGGGAUUGCAGACAUCAUGAUUGCCUUUAGGACCCGAGUCCAUGGCCGGUGUCCUCGUUACUUUGAUGGCCCCUUGGGAGUCCUCGGCCACGCCUUUCCUCCCGGUCUGGGUCUGGGUGGAGACACUCACUUCGAUGAGGAUGAAAACUGGACCAAGGAUGGAGCAGGAUUCAACCUAUUUCUUGUGGCUGCUCAUGAAUUUGGUCAUGCACUGGGACUCUCUCACUCCAAUGAUCAGAAAGCUUUGAUGUUUCCAAAUUAUGUCUCUCUGGAUCCUAACAAAUACCCACUUUCUCAGGAUGAUAUCAGUGGAAUCCAAUCCAUCUAUGGAAGUCUACCUAAGACAUCUGCUAAGCCAAAGGAGGCCAUUGUACCCCAUGCCUGUGACCCUGAUUUGACUUUUGACGCUAUCACCACCUUCCGCCGAGAAGUAAUAUUCUUUAAAGGCAGGCACGUAUGGAGGAUCUACUAUGAUAUCACUAAUGUGGAAUUUGAACUGAUCUCUUCAUUCUGGCCGUCCCUGCCAGGUGAUGUUCAAGCCGCAUAUGAGAGUCCCAAAGAUAAGAUCCUAGUGUUUAAAGAUGACAACUUCUGGAUGAUCAGAGGAUAUGCUGUCUUGCCAGAUUAUCCCAAACCCAUCCAUACACUUGGCUUUCCAAGACAUGUGACGAAAAUUGAUGCAGCCCUCUGUGACCACAGUGCCAGAAAAACCUACUUCUUUGUGGGCAUUUGGUGCUGGAGGUAUGAUGAAGUGACCCAAAGCAUGGACAAAGGGUACCCACGGAGGGUGGUGAAGUUCUUCCCAGGAAUUGGUCUCCGAGUCGAUGCUGCUUUCCAGCAUAAAGGAUUCUUCUAUUUCUUCCGUGGAUCAAAGCAAUUUGAAUAUGACCCCAAGGCAAAGAACGUCACCAGAAUAAUGAAAAUCAAUACCUGGUUUCGGUGUGAAGAACCAUUAAACACAUUAUCUGAUUUUAGUAUCAGUGAGGAAGGAGUCCAUUCAGGAGGAGCAGAGAUGUUUUAUCAUAAGAAUUUAAACUUGCUUAUUUUUAGUAUUGUUCAUGUGCUGAAAAAAAUCUAUAGUUAUCAAUAAAUUCAUGGACCAAAAAUAAACCUCCAGAGGUCUUUUAAUCUGAAUUCUGCUUCAAAGUGGAAUAGAACUAUUCUUUCACA